GUGGGGCAAGAAAAGUGUUGUUUUAAAAUAGCUUAGUGUUUUAACUCAAAAAAAUAGAAAAAUAAGUUUGUAUGUAACUCCGUCACACAUUUUAUAUUUUGUAUGAAUGUUGAAUAGAUGACUAACAAAAUUGGUGGAAGGGUUUGUUUACCAAAUUACAGAGAUAAGAACAUUUAGACGUAAAAUUAAAUUGAUAUUUAUAUGAAAGUAAAAUGUGUCAAAUUAUAAAAAGUCGUUAAACAAAUAUUGUUGUUGUAUUAGUGGAAAACAAAAUACACAAUAUUUCCCUUACAUCUUUUGUAUUAUACUAUUAACGUCAAUUACAAGUGUUAUUUCUCGUUCCAUUUGUUUAUGAAUAUUUUUCUCUCAAUCUGCGAAGUAAAACACUCUAUAACUGUGAGUAUCUAAAGACAAAAAGUAUUAAGAUUAUUGUUAACACAAUAUUAAAAAUAUACAAUAUAACUUAUUUAUCUCGUGUUGCAAAGGUAAUAUCUAUGCAUGGUUAAGGCCCACACUCCACCAAAGCGGAGAUGUGCGGAGAUGGCCAAUGUGCAGACGAGAAGAGAUGUUUUUCGGUUCGGGUGAAUCCACCGAAGCUGUGCGGAGAUGCGUAUUGUGUCGCGAAGAUGUGCGUUAGCUAACGUUGAGAGUGUGCAAGGUGUUGAGUGCUCAGUACGCGUUCUGACACGAAAGGUAGACGUUAUGUCGCUUUUACAAAAAAAGUAUUUUCUUUUAAUUGAAGAAGAAGAACUACAGUCUGAAGAAGCAGAAUUGAUAGCUUUAUACUACUUAAACAAAAGAAAACAUCGGUUUUGGAGAAGAAGUCACUUGAAGUACCAUACCAGUCAUGGAGAAUUUUUUACUCUGUUUAAUGAGUUAGAUGAUGAAAGUUUUACCAGCUCCUACAGACUACCGAGGAAUAUUUUCUACGAACUACAUAAUUUAAUUGAACCUCAUAUAUAUAUAAGCAAGAUACUAACUACAGGAGAUCUAUCUGUACCCAAGAGUGGCUAGCAGUAUGUUUGAAAUUUCCGGGAAUUUUACCAAAGGACGCCAGAACAAUUUUAGGUACUGUCAAACAAAUACAUAUGAAGACUAUAGAAAAUGGAGAAUAUUGGCAUAAUGGUCUAACUAAAUGUCUACGUAAAACAUUGGAAAAUUGGGUUGAUGUUCCUAACAAAGUGAAAUUAAAUUUUAAUUUUGACGGUCUCCCAAUAUUUAAAAGCUCCAAUAAAGAAUUUUGGCCAAUAUUAUGCAAUAUCUAUGAAAGACCUGACAUAGAUCCAUUUGUUAUUGGUAUCUAUUUUGGUGUUGGAAAACCAAAAAAUAUUGAUCAAUAUUUAGAUGAUUUUGUAAAAGAAAUAGGAAAUUUAAUAAAAGAAGGAAUUUAUAUCGAAAAACCAAAUAAAAUAGUAUCCAUUGAAAUCAGAUGUUUUAUAUGCGAUUCUCCAGCGAGAGCUUACAUUAAAGGUGUAUGUAAUUUUAAUGCAAAACACGGUUGUCUGAAAUGUGUUACUGUAGGGGAAUAUUCACACUUAUCACAUACAGUGACAUUUCCUGAAACCAAUUGCCGCCCUAGAACAGAUCAAGAAUUUCGUGAUAAAAAAUAUGGGCCUCACCAUAAAAAAGAUUCUCCUAUACUGAGGUUGCCUGUUAACAUGAUACAAGACUUGCCGAUAGCAGAUUCUCUACACCUUGUUGAUUUAGGAAUCAUGAAGCGGCUCUUAGUUGGUUGGCGCAACGGUAAUUUCGGAAAAUACAUUACCAAAUGGAGUGCCAGAAAUUCUGAAACAGUUUCGAAUUUCCUUGUAAAACGAAAAUUGCCAUCUGAAAUUCACAGAUCAGUGAGAGGACUAGACUGUCUUUCUCACUGGAAAGCUUCCGAAUAUCGAUCAUUUUUACUAUAUUUGAGCAUUGUCAUACUUCCAGAAGUAUUACAACAUGACGCAUUUUCACAUUUUCUGGCAUUUUUUUGUGGUAUAACAAUAUGCUCUUGUAAAAACUAUAGUCAUUUUCUUCCUUUGGCAAAAGAGCUCCUACAAUAUUUUGUUGAGCAUUAUAAAGACUUUUAUGGGCCAGAUUAUAUAACCAGCAAUGUCCAUAAUGUAGUGCAACUCACAGACGAAGUGCAACGAUUUGGCCCGCUACAUACGUUUAGCGCUUAUCCUUUUGAGAAUAAAUUGUAUUUAAUAAAAAGAAUGCUAAGACAUGGCAACAAACCUCUUGCUCAAGUGGCAAAGAAAUUUAGUGAAGAUUCAGCUUCAGAAAUGAGUAAGGGCAGAGAAAGUCGGCAAAUCGCAUAUGUGGAACCCUUUGUUACGACCAAUAGCAGAAAAAUAAAUGCACUAAAUUUUAGCGAUUUUAAAAUUUCUGUAAAGCCUCAAAAUAAAUAUGUAUUAUGCAACAAUAAUGACAUUUUGGAAGUAACAAAAAUAGAAACCGCUGUUAACAGUGAAAUAAAGAUUACAUAUUAUAAAAUUACUGACAUAUCCGAUGUUUUUGAACUACCGAUUAAAUCAUCGUUUUUGAAAAUAUUCAAAGCCAAAUUACCUACUACCAGGCGGACAGAGACCAUAGUUAGUCCCAAAGAUAUAAAAACAAAACUAGUAUGUACUGAUCACAAAAAUUACUUAUACUUCGUACCCCUUUUACAUACAGUUUAAACGAGAAAUAAAAAACCUUGUCAUUGAG